AUCCUGUUCAUGUUUGACUGCCGUGGCAGCGGCUCUGUUUGUUGCAGUCGACUACGCCCUGAGGCUCACCAAAACAGCCACAAAAACAGCCAUUUCCUCUGAGUGGAGAGGUGGGGGGGUGGAGGGGGAGACCUCUUCCUCACGGCAGUCCGCGCUCCAGCCCCCGCCACUCGCGGCUCUGGUGCUCAGAGAGACACGGCGGAACAAAUUCCUCGGGAUACUCCAAGCUUUCCUAGCUCCUUUGGGAUGAAAACAUUCGUCUGCACUUCAGCCGGGCUUUAAGAAUGCCGUUUGUCAGCAUUCGUGGGAUAUUCUGAGCGUGCAUCCAAAAGAGGCUGCGAGGAUCCCCCGCCCCUGGGUGCGCUGGGGCACACUGCUGGCCGGCACCCCGCUCUGCCUGCAGCCUGGAUCCCCACAGCGCCUGCCUCGGCUCACAGGGAAUGGACCUCCACGUCUUCCAGUUCAUCACCGGCCUGGCACUGCUCAUCAAGGUGCAAGAAGGUGGAUAAGCCAAAGCUGGGAAGGACAGAGACUUAAAUAAGCUUCUUGUUGUUCUUAUUUUAUGGAAUUAUCCUACCUACCUCGCAAAAUUCUCAUUUGCUUCAUCAGAAACACCUUUGGAGUUGACUUUGAGAAUGAACGGUGAUGUCCUCUAGCCACUCAUAACAUCCUACCCAAGCUGCCUCCGUUUCAAGUCCCAUUUCAAUGUGCUGCAGCUGACUGAGACCUUGCGUCUUCUGCUAAUAGAGACUGGUGGUGAGCUGACAGUCAGAUAUGACUGUCCAGAAACUGGUAGCCACAGCUGUGUUGGUAGCCUUGGUCUCACUUAUUCUUAACAACGCGGCUGCCUUUACUCCUAACUGGGUGUACCAGACCCUGGAAGAUGGGCGUAAGCGCAGCGUGGGGCUCUGGAAGAUGUGCUGGCUGGCAGAGAGGAGCAGGGCAGGAGCGAGCACGAGCAGCAGGCAUGGGCAAGGGGAGGAGCGUGAGUGUGAAGCCCUGGGCUGGGGCUCGGAGUCAGCUGGGUUCCAGGAGUCUCGCAGCACUGUCAAACUGCAGUUUGACAUGAUGCGUGCCUGUAACCUCAUCGCUACUGUUGCUCUGACUGCUGGGCAGCUCAUCUUCGUCCUGGGUCUGGUGGAGAUACCGAUCAUUUCUCAGGAUACCCAGUGGUGGGAGGAGGCCAUUGCUGCUGUGUUCCAGCUUGCCAGUUUUGUUCUGGUCAUUGGAUUGGUGACUUUCUACCGCAUCGGACCAUACACCAACCUCUCAUGGUCCUGUUACCUGAACAUUGGAGCCUGUCUUUUGGCCACACUGGCAGCUGCCAUCCUCAUAUGGAACAUCCUUCAUAGGCGUGAGGACUGCAUGGCGCCGCGGGUCAUUGUCAUUAGCCGUACCCUGACUGCUCGGUUUCGCCGGGGCCUGGAAAAUGACUACGUGGAGUCACCGUGCUGAAAGCAUGGACUUGAAAGGGGAAAGAUCUCCCAGGAGAUCUGCAUUGGUGUUUUCUAUAAAUAUAUGCUAUAAUUUAAAACUAAGGGUUGAAGGACAUCACAAAGCUCACUCUUGUGGGCAGAGGCCCUCAAUUAUUAUUUGGAUGGGCUCCAUCUAUAUACAUAUGUAUAAAACAUAUAAUUUUAUAUAUAUUGCCCUCUUCCUCUACUGUACAGCGCAGAUUAUUGGGCUGUCAGAAUCCUGACAGCAUCACAGCUAUGUGUCAGCAGGUGCAGCCAGAGCAGAUAGAUCAGAUGACACUACAGGAAAGAGACAACCUAACAUUUUCUGCCUGGACAAAGUUGUCUUGCUCCCUUAGUAACAUCGAAAGCCUUGGAUAACCAGUGAUGACCAGUUUUCCUUUGGAGUUAACAGGCAGUCUGAGAAGGCAGAAAACUCACUGUAGAAUAAGUGAUGAUUUUUAACAGCUGUUAAGAUUUCAUGGCUUUUUAGUCUUCCAUCCCCAUCCCAUUCAUCCAUUUCAAGGAACUCCUCAUUAACUGCAACACCUACUCUUUUCAAGCCACAGCAUAAAGCAAGAGCUACAACUCUAAUAGUUCUAAAUGGUAAGGGACUGCAAAAGAAUUCAGUUCCACUUUCUCCAGAUACUGCUUUUUUCACCCUAAGAGAGAGGUUUAGGUUUAUCCUAUAGAUAUUUAAAUAGAUACCAUUAAAAAUGAAAAGGGCAUGCCACUAGAACAGGCCUUACAUGGUGCUGAAAAUCUCCUUCAGUGUUACACUGUGGGCAGAUCUACAGAAGGUGAUUACCUGGAUUCUCUCAUAAUCAUAGAUACUACUGAUUUGCUUCACCAGAAAUCAUUAGUAAUAACUGAUAUUCCAGCUCACAUGAGUUUCUUCCUGGCUUGCUUUAACAUUUACCAGGCAACUUCCAGACUAGAGUGCUACGUUAGGACAUCCAGCUCUGCCCAGCAAUGCUCAGAGGCACCUAACAGAAUAUUGGAGACUGUACCUGCUACUCCAGCACAAACUGGAGAAUAAGACAAACGUAGACUUUGCCAUGAGAUGAAACAUCUGUCCGUUACCUUCAUAUGGUAAUGACAUGAAAAUCAGUACCUUCAGAAUUAGGCACGAUGCCUGUUAGCCUCACAAGGGCUCACAAAGCAUGUGCACACAGCCUUCAGGAAGAAAAAGCAACAGGUCAGAAACUGUUAUGAAAAAUACUUCAGACACAGGGACUAGCUGUAAUGACAAAUGUUUAGAAGUUGUCAACAGAGGCUACUCUGAGCACUUACUGACAGAUCUGAAGGACUGAGCUGUGAAUGUCACAAACUGCGUAACACUGUUGUGUUGCUCCCAGCUGAUAGACUGCUCCUCUUUACUAUUAUUUUCACCAUACUUUGCUACACUUAGAAUGUGAUCAUCAAGCUGGCUCUUGAAUUCUGUUCUCAGACUCAAUUCUGAUGCAAUAAGAAACUCAACCCUAACUGCUACUCUGCACCAUGUCCAUAGUCAGCAACCCUCCGCAGAGACUGAUGUUCCAGAACAAUUGUAUUGUUCUAGACUAUCAGGAUAGAACACUUUAAUGCUGACAAAGAGUUUCUUCUAACAGUAGGUUUGUAAAAACCAACUAAAAUUUGUAUUCACUUGCCUGCAUUACUUCCUGGAAAAGCUCCUUUCCGAGAAGCAACAUGCUAUGAUUAAUUGCAGGGAUUUUUAAAAUUAAACUAUUUGAAUAUUUAAAAGACAUUAUAUUAUUUCUUCUAAUAUUGCAAUAUCCGUAUUAUGAUAAUGUACAUUUAAAUUUAAAAAUCAGCUAUGUGGUCAGUAAAUUCGUAAUACUUGGUAUGACUGUGAUUAUUUUAGAUGUAUAAAUAAAAUUAUGAAUGUUCACUCUC